AUGUCAAGGUCGGCGAGUUCCUCAGCAACCACUCAAGAAAUUACCGGGAGCGGUGGAGCUAAUCCUCUGUGUCGGUGUGCGAAACAAACAUCACUUGCAGUUUCGUGGACUGACGAUAACCCGGGUCGUCGUUUCUAUCGAUGUGGGGAACAUGGCUUUGUCUGUUGGGCCGAUAAGGAACCGCAAAUGAUGUGGCAGAAGGAAUGCAUGGGACACAUAUAUUUUCAAAAGAACGUGACAUACGCAACGGUGUAG